AUGAAUUGUUGUAUUCGUCCGUCGCUGCAAACUGAGGCCAACGUUGUCCAAAAUGGUCAGUCGCAUUAUUAUGACGUAUCUUAUGAGUCUUGGUUGCGUUCCAUCCCGACUGUGUGAUUGGGUCCGUUCCAGGGGGUCUGAUCUUCUUCUUCUUGUUUCGUGUGGUUUUCCGGCAGACUAGACACUUUGUUGAAUAUUGAUGCCUUUCCCAGUUCGGAAAGUGCAUUGCACAUUUGUUCACAAAAAAAGGGAACUUGCACCACCAUCUAACCCUAUAUAUACAGUACCAGUCAAAAGUUUGGACACACCUACACAUUCAAGGGUUUUUCUUUAUUUUUACUAUUUUUUACAUUGUAGAAUAAUCAUGAAGACAUCACAACUAUGAAAUAACACAUAUGGAAUCAUGUAGUAACCAAAAAAGUGUUAAACAAAUCAAAAUAUACUUUAUAUUUGAGAUUCUUCAAAUAGCCACCUUUUGCCUUGAUGACAUCUUUUAUUCAAGUUUUUAUUGAUAUACACAUGGCAGUCAAUGAAACAUAAAACUGAAAUACAUGUCGAGGGUGUGGCUGCUUUUAGCAAUGCCGGUGUAUACAUACACUAGCGUUGCUCCCUUUUGUAUGGGGUUGCAGAAAAACAGUUUGUGGGAAGCCAGAAGUUAAAUACAAUUCCCUUUCACCAUACAGUGCCUGUGGGCAGGAUGGUUAGUCGUUAAGAUGGGGGUAUUUGAGACAAAAUAUCUUCUUCUUGUUUGAGGUUUUAUGGCAGACUAUGACCUAUUGGUGUAUUGCCGCCACCUACUGUACGGGGUAGUAUUCCAUUGCAGGAAAAGGGGGGGGGGGGGGGGGGUGGGGGUUGGUGGUGGACUCUGACAUCAUACAAAAUACACAAAAUUUAAAAUACAUCCCAUUUCUUCAGUCACAGUUCAAAUCACAUUCCUACACAGGCUCCGGGGCCUGUGAGGACAGAGCAUUCAUCGACAGGAUUCCUUAUGUAAAAUCCCUGAGUCCCACAAAAUGUUCAGCCGCACUCACAACAAUGCCUAUUUCCACAGAUUUCCUCUCUGUUUGCGCUGUGCAGUUGAUAACCAAUGCAAUAAACGCUACAAAGUCCACCUUCUUAACAUGCAACAUGUCAGGAUCCCUCUCUUGACAAGGAAUAUUCUCUGGUGUCUCUGCUCCUACUACCAUUAUUUCUUCAACAUCACUCCUUUCUUCUACUUCUCUCAAUGCCUCCGGAUAGGAGACAUGCUGGACAGCCCUUAUUCUUGCCUCCUCCAUCUCCUCCAUCCUAACAGGGAACUUCAGGAAUUCGGGCGCAUGUUCAUCACCACAAUUGCAGCAUUUAGGCUCAGCUGGCAUACAAUACUUCUCCUGUCUACAUACACUUGUCACAUGGGCAUGGGUUUGGAUAUGAAAGCUCUCACAGGGUAUCUCAUAAAACCCAAAUACACGUGAGACGGGAAAGACUGUUCUUAAAAAAACAAUAGAAUGGAUGGAGUGGGCUUCCUCACUCCAUCCACCAUGCGGGUCAGUCGGUGUGCACCAACCGCUUGAUCCAAUUCUUCACGUAUAUCCUUUGCAUUCACCAGAGAUAACACCCUUGAUAGGUGCCCUGCUUCCAAAAUCAACAUGACACAUUCCAAUCUGAUAUCUUCUUAAGGUGCAGAGCAUGCUCCUUCUGUUCCAUAGAUACACAGAAAACCAAAAUAAGCCUACUUCUCAUUACUCUCACCGACGCCACCUUAUCUAACGCAUCCACGAUUUUUAUAGAGACAUCAGACAGGUCUCCCAGGUAACAUCGAUCCAAAAACCUUACUCCGACAAAUAGUUUUUUCAGAACUAGGCUUGGAUUUACUAGAUUGCACUACCACUUGACUUCUCUUAUAUCCUUUUGUAUUCCCCACUGUAAUCCAAUUCUUCUCCCUCACAUCUGAUUCAAACAGAAUGUCCCACUUCUGCCAUCUCCCCCCCCCCCCCCCCCCCCCCCCCUCUUCAAAGAGCAGAGUGGAACUGAGACAAAAUAUCUAAAGGAACGUAUUAUCAAACAGACUUUCCAAACGUGGGUCUGUUGUAGACCGACUUCCUCACGUCAAAUUAAAGGUCCUGCACUUGCACCAUAUGUGAACAAAAAAUGAAUAACUUGUGGGGUACUUGAUGCACAAUUGAGAGCAUCCUGUCGGGCUGUAUCACCGCCUGGUACGGCAACUGCACCGCCCGCAACCGCAGGGCUCUCCAGAGGGUGGUGCGGUCUGCCGAACGCAUUACCGGGGGCAAACUACCCGCCCUCCAAGACACAUACAGCACCCGAUGUCACAGGAAAAACUAAAAGAUCAUCAAGGACAUCAACCACCUGAGCCACUGCCUGUUCACCCCGCUAUCAUCCAGAAGGCGAGGUCAGUACAGGUGCAUCAAAGCUGGGACUGAAAGAAUGAAAAACAGCUUCUAUCUCAAGGCCAUCAGACUGUUAAAUAGCCAUCACCAGCACAUUAGAGGCUGCUGCUGCCUAUUGAAAUCACUGGCCACUUUAAGAAAUGGAACACUAGUCACUUUAAUAAUGGUUACGUAUCUUGCACUACUCAUCUCAUUUGUAUAUACUGCAUCCUAUUCUAUAAUAUUCUACUGUAUUUUAGUCCAUGCCGCUCUGUCAUUGCUUGUCCAUAUAUGUAUAUUUUCUUAAAUUCCAUUCCUUACUAGUUUUGUGUGUAUUGGGUAUAUGUUGUGAAAUUGUUAGAUAUUACUUGUUAGAUAUUACUGCACUGUCGGAGCUAGAAGCACAAGCAUUUCGCCACACCCACUAUAACAUCUGCUAAACACAUGUAUGUGACAAAUAAAAUUAGAUGUUAUUUUAUUUUUAUAUUGACAUGAGGUAAGCAGAGAGGAAGUGGGUCUACGACAGGCCCACGUUUGGAAAGUCUAUAUAAUAAUAAGUUCCUUUAGAUAUUCUGUCUCAUUUGCCCCAUCUUAAUGACCAACCGUCCUGCCCACCAGCACAGUAUGUUGAAAUAUAAUUGUAUUUAACUUCUGACUUCCCGUGGACUGUUUUCUGUGCAACCCAAUACAAUAAGGAGGAAUGCUAGUCUAUGUAAAUACACCCCCGUUGCUAAAAGCAGCUAUCAAGGGUGGCGCAUCUGCUGCUGCAUUACUUUGUACAGUAUUGUAUCUCUUUCAGCAUCCCUUUCAGUCAAAAUACCAGUUUUUUGCGAUGCAAAUCAUUUUUACAUGGGUUCAUGUUCAAGUCCCUCCCUCUUGAGAGUUAACUUAAGGACCAAUGGAAUUGUUUAAAAUGUGCAAAACCCUCCCACCCGGCCUUGUAAAACAAACUCACCCACGACACUACUUCCUUUAUGCCUCGCUCUCAGCACAUGGGGUAUGCGCUAACAUGUCAUUCCCUCACACAAAGUUUAUUAAAUUAUAAAGUCAGUCCAUGGAUUAUUAGAAGCAGAUUUCAAACAGUAUGUGUCUCUCAGUAUAUAUUUGUUUUUCAGGCUGCAUGUGGUCUCCGUACUGUUUAUUACCAGUAAGUAAAAACUAAGUAUUUUCAUAUGGUGUGUUGGUAAAUGGGAUCCCUCAACAAUGAUCACAUGGGUACAUUGAUUAGUGCAUUAGUGUGCAGUACUCAAGUCUGUUAUUUGUUUACUACAUAUUCAACGCUAUUUUUGAUGAAAACAAAUAAUAAACAAGCCCAGGUAAACAGAUAUCAUAGAUUGUGACAUUUCAUUCAUUCCCUCCUUUCUUGGUUACACAGCAAAGAAGUAGGGAUACAAUAUUGGAACAAUGAUUGAUUUUCUGCUAUUAUUACUCUAAUAAGUGAGAAUGUGUUCGCAAAAAGUAAUGUCAUGAUAAAUGUAACUAUUUUGCUCGAUAACAAUAAAUGGCCUACAAUGAUGAAAUUAUUUUUUUAACGGACAGUUACAUUACAUUAUUAGUGGCAGGUCUCUACACAUUUUUUUCCCAGUGCUAAGUCAACUGAGAUGGUAGCCUAAUAUUUAAAAAGUAAGCUGUUUCAUCUAACAUAUCCAGGGAAUGCAUGAUUGAUAUUUUGAUGUGCAACCUGCCAAAAUAGGAUCCAGAAUGAUCAGAUUCAUUUUUUGCUCUUCAGAGAAUUUGCUGACAUCUUUGUGCAUAUAUACUAUAGGCUAUAUUAUUCACCACCUGAGGAAGUCGGACCUCAAAACACUAGCUAGAUUGCUUACUCACAAUAAAUAUGUUGCUAUACAUGUAGGAUAAUUUAUCUAUCAGUAAAUGUAGGCUAAUGUCCUACAAACUUUCCAGGCCUAGGCUAUUUGAUGUACAACAAGAGCUCACGGUUUUACCAAUAUGACGACAUAUUCUGACUUUCAUCCAUGUUUCUCAAGAGGUGCAAUGUCAAAGUUGCGCCAAACGUCACAUUUCAAUGUGUGUUUUUUUGACAACCUGAGGUUGCUCCUGCUUCUUUGUAUCGUUCAAUUUCUUUGUGUGCACAGUGCAAGAAGGAGUUUAGUGGCUCCCGACAGCGAAACGGUGACGGGCAGAUACCUUCAUAGCAGGAGUCACUACCACUCACAAACAAGGCCUAUAGACCAAGGUUUCCCAAACUCGGUCUCUCAACUAGAGAUUUAAAUAAAUUGUGUUAAAAAAUAAAAAUAAAAUACAUUUAACGCUACCUGAAUUGACUCAGAAAAGUAACAUAAGUAGGCCUACAGUUUUAUCAUCCCAGCGCUAUUAAGAGCGAGAAUUGGAGGUGAGGAUCAUUCAUUAGUAGGCUAAUGCCUGGCAUGUGUUUAUGAAUUCAGUUCUUACACGUGAAAUCAGGGGCGCAACUUUUCACAUUCUAAAAAUGCAUUUUUGUCCCCCCAGUUUUAUUAUUGGAAUGUGAUACAAAACGAGGCAACGGUGUGCUUUAGGACCAUGCGGGCUCUUCCGAGUGGUCGGGUAGGCUGUUUGGAGUGUUUAUCCGACUGGAUAAUAAAACAAUAAAAAAGCGUCAUGUCUAAAACCAAAGUUGCACCCCUGCGUGAAAUUAUUGAGAUGGUGGUUGCUUCUAGAGAAUAAAGACCCAUUAUGUAGAGCUUCUGUAUGCUGCCUCUGUCUGGUCUUAAUUUUGCCGAUUAAACUCAACUCUACGAUUUACGAUGGAGUUGAGCUGAGACUAGAGUGGGCAAACUGGAGCUCCGAUGUCACAUAAAAUGACGUUUUUAUCAAAAGACUGAUUUCAGGACCCCAACAUUUGUCUGUGCAAUUGCGGGCUAUUCUUUGGGUGCUGAAAUCAGUCGUUUUUAUAAAAACAUUUAAUGUGAAGUCGGAGCUCCAGUCCGCUCAAACUAGUCAUCACUCAAUUCCUUCUUAAAUUGUGGAGUUGAUUUUAGUCGGCUAGAUAGCGAGGCUUAACUUUCAUUAUAGUUGACCUUCUACUCUGAACCCUCCAAACAGUGUAUUACAUUGCCAAUACCACUCUCUCUCCCACACCUCUCUUUCCACUUAUUCCAUAUAUCAGUGGUAACUACAACCAGUCUACAAACCCGAGAAGUGGCAGCUCCGGGCAGUGACAUCACCCUUAGCUGCUCUUUCCCUCUGUCUAAAAACCUGAACCUCAUCAACUUGAUCGUCAACUGGCAGCGUGGAGAGUCAGAGGUGGUCCACAGCUAUUACUAUGGGAGAGAUCAGCUGGAAAAACAGAGUGUUGUUUACAAGGGACGCACUCAUCUGUUUGAAGACCAGCUCACUGUGGGAAAUGCCUCACUUAGACUGAGUGGUGUGCAGCUGAGUGACCAGGGCCAAUACACCUGUCAUGUGACAGAUGAAUUGGGAAGCACCCAGGAAAAUAUACAACUUCUAGUGGCAGGUAAGUUCCAUUGUUGCUGCAUUGUAUAGUUUAAAUGAUGUUAACUGCCCCUACAAAAGUAUUUAUUAUUUUUCAAACCAGGCCCUUAUGAUGAGCCAAUGAUAUCUGUGCAAGCCACUUGUGAUGGCUUCAUUGUCACCCUCCAUGCCUCUCAUGGGUUUCCCCAGCCAGAGGUACUGUGGGGAGGUGUGAUGGGCAGUAACACCACUAUGGAGUUGGACAGCAGAGGGCGGUAUGAUGUCAAGAGUGAGGUGACCCUGAGGCUGAACAGCACUCUGACUGUUACAGCAGAGCUGAGACUGAGGGUUCUGGACCAGAGUUUCACCAAGUCUCUCACACUCCACCCACCACCAGGUAAAAGAUCAGGGUUCCAGUGUUUGUUCGUUGACUCAAUGUUAUUUUCAGAUACUUUUUUUUUAUCAGGUUGAGUUUUUUUAUUGGGUAUUUUGGAUUAUUGAUCAUACAUGUGUUCUUAUUCUCAUUCUUCUGGUGUAGUUUGUACCUAGUCCAUUGGGAUGUGAUGAAUGAUGAUACCACACUUGCACAAUGGCCUUUCACCAUGGACUUCCUGGAGCAAGCUGUGAGUGUUGUUCACAAUACUCUACUACAGUUCAUGAUAAAGUACUAGUCAGAUAUAGAGGGAAAUGUUGCUUAUUUCAGUGACUGAGGUUGAGUGCUCCUUUCUUCUCCUCCCUUCCACAGUGUGCUGUGUGAUGCCUGCUGAGCAGAGGAGCAGAUUGUUGAUGUAUCCCCUGCUACUAAUGCUGCUGGGAUUGGUGCUCCUGUUAUCCAGGAAGUGGUCUGACCAGGAGACCAAAAAGGAUAAGAAAACCGAAGAAUAAUAUGACCUUCAGUCCAUGGUCACUCAACAGGCUUUAUGCCAGAGCAAUUUGCUUACAGAGAUAAAAUAUAAAGGGAUGACAGCCUUUUACACUAAAGUACAUUUUCAUGGAAUGUAAUUUUGUAAGAUCAGAACUACAUUACAAUACAUUAUACACAAAGUUCAACGAAAUACAGUUGACCCCCUACAGUUGACACUGUAGUGUCACAAUACAGUUGCCACACUCACUAUAGUACUCAGACAGUGAGAGUUUCACACCACACCACUAGAUGGUCAUAUGUACUUCUACUCCAAAUCUGGUUCCUCUUAAGAUUUCUUCUUGUAGGGAGUUUUUGCUUGCUGCUACUUGCUCAGGGGUUUAGCCCAGGUUACUGUGUAAAUCACCUUUGACAUCUGCAGUUGUUUUACCGGGCUUUAUAAUUAAAAUGUAUUUAUUUAUUGAAAUGAUGGCAGCUAUAACGUCUAAUGAAAAUUGUUACAUGUGUGUUCCAGUCAAUGUAUCAUACAUUCCAGAAUUUGUUGUAUUGUAAUAAAAGGAGAUGAACCCCCAAUUGUGAUGUAUUUUUGCUAAAUCUCUUUUACAGGAGGGAACUGGC